AUGGCUGUCUGGGAAGGAAAGAAAUACAAAUUAGAAAAGAGUGAAAACUUCGACGAAUACAUGAAGGAAUUGGUUGUCGGUAUGGUUCUACGCAAAAUGGGUAACAGUAUCAGCCCCACCGUUGAACUGAAGAAGGAUGGUGAUAAUUACUCUUUCACCACUACCUCAACCUUCAAGACAACUACGGUCAACUUCAAGCUGGGCAAGGAAUUCGAUGAAGAGACACUUGAUGGUCGCAAAGUGAAGAGCGUCUUCACUCUGGAUGGCAACAAAUUGGUGCAAGAACAGAAGGGUGACAAACCAUCGACCAUUAUUCUUGAAUUCACAAACUCCGAGCUAGUGACUACUCUCACCCUCAACGACGUGAAGUCCGUCAGAGUCUACAAGGCUGUAUAAAUGCACAGUGCGCUACAUGCGAAGUUCAAAACAACAGUAACAAAAAGCUAAAGUAAUUUAAAAUAAAAAAUGCCACUUCUUGCAAUAAACUAAUAUUGAAAAACUAACUAUCAUACAGCAUACAUUGUACUUUAUAUAACUACAUAUACAUAUAUAUAUAUAUUUUGGAUUGUGAAUAUCCCAAUUUUGUUUAUGACUGAUUAUUUGCUGAUUAAUGCAUAAAAUAAUGUAAUUAAAAGUAUGAAGUUGUUAUUAGGUAACAAUUAACUAUUUUUAUGUGAUUAGGCGGCUAAUUAAAGUGAAAUAAUUCUCAAUAUUAUUAACGACGCGCAUCAAACUGUUCACACAUGCUAUGAUAAAUAUUGUUGAAUAGAGAUUUUUC